AUGUGGGCAGCGGGGGCACGGCGGCCAGGCCUGGUGCUGGCGGCCCUGGCAGCGCUGGGCCUGGCCCUGGAGGUGCUGGUGGCCCGGAGGCGGCGGCCGGUCCGCGAGGUGCUCUUCUUCCCCUCGAGGCCCAGCUGCACCGAGGCGCUGCUGGCCGAGGCGGUGAGCCCCGACGACACGCCGGGCCCCUGCCCGUGCCCGCUGCCUCGCGGGGACUGCGCCUUCAGCCGCCUGCUGCGGCACCUCCUGUCCGCCCGCCGCUCCCUCGAGCUCUGCCUCUUCGCCUUCUCCAGCCCGCAGCUGGGCCGUGCCGUCCGCCUCCUGCACCGCCGCGGCGUCCGGGUCCGUGUGGUGACGGACGCGCAGUACAUGGCGCUGAAGGGCUCGCAGAUCGGCCUCCUCCGGCACGCCGGGAUCCAGGUCCGCCACGACCAGGAGAGUGGCUUCAUGCAUCACAAGUUCGCCAUCGUGGACAGGAAGAUGCUCAUCACGGGCUCCCUCAACUGGACCACAGAGGCGAUCCAGAACAACCGGGAGAACAUCCUGAUCAUGGAGGACGCGGAGUAUGUGCAGCCUUUCCUGGAGGAGUUCGAAAGGAUUUGGGAAAUAUACGAUCCCCACAAGUACAUGUUUUUUUCCAAAGAAAAUAAAUGA